AUGCAAGAAAAACAGUUUGAAGAAGUCUUUGACAUGUCCAUAUUUCAAGAAAAUACAAUUGUAAUAGACGAAGAUACAUCUCAGAACUGUGAUUUCUUUAUUUUAGAGCUGGUAAAAGCAUUUAACUAUACUAUAUUUCAGUGGAACGACUCGGGUGAGUUUUUGAAAUCUUCCCUUGGAAAAUACAAUGCACAGGCAACAAUAAAGUCUGUUUAUACUUCUGAAUUCAACUCCGAGGACAUCAUCGACGAUAUCUAUACGCAAAGAAAGUUGGGAUAUUGCCAUAUCUCCAAAGUGAAUGUUUUUAGGGCAUCUACUGCAACUGCAAGAGAUUUCUAUGAUUAUGAUAUUGUAGUAAAGAUAUACAAGUUAAGAAGUGGGUGUUCAAGUAAGAUCGACGGAUCAAUCAAGGUGUUUAGAAGAGACAAAAUUUACUAUGACCUUAAAUAUAAAGUAUUUAGCGAUAGAAUAGUAUAUUUUGAGUAA